AUGAAUUUGCAGGUCACCGAAAUGAACAAUGGAUAUGCCAUCUCCAUGCUGCAACAUCACACCCUGGGAGAGGCAACAUCGGCAAUUUGCUUCCUCAUGAAUUUUGCAGGCCAAUGCCGUGGUGAGGAGCUUUGGCUAGUUCCCGAGUUUGACCGGACACAGAUGAAGGCAAGCGACCACCCCAUGCCAAGUUUCCAGCACCACGAGUUUGGCAAGCAAGAGAAGGACAGCCGCUACACAGUGACAUCCGAGUCAGUGCUCAACGCCGAGUCCCUCAGGAGAAGCGUGGCCAAAGGAAGCGUCAAGCAGCGGAAGAAGUACCACUUGUCUCGUUCCAGGCUCGCUCAAAUCAAGCAAGCAGCUCUCACGGACGUCUCCAACUGUUCAACUUUUGAGGCGUUGGCUGCUCAAGUAUGGAAAGCCAACGUUGCAGCACUACCCAAGAAGGAAGUUGCAAGAAUGAGGUUCCUGGUGGACACGAGGAGCAUUAUCCAGCCUCCAUUAAGCCGUGGUUUCUUUGGUAGCGCGGUCUACGUGGUCAUGGUGCAAGCAAGGACGGAGGAGCUGCUUACUGAGCCGCUGGGUGUCACGGCAAUGAGAAUCCAGCAAGCCAAGAAGAGCGUAACCGAGGAGUACGUGAGAUCGGGGCUCGACUUUCUGGAGCUGCAUCCGGACUACUGGUACCACCCAGACUGUGACACGGUGAUAAACGCCUGGCCAAGGGCCAUGAGUAACUCCACCCAACUGGACUUUGGAUUGGGCAAGCCGUGUCGAGUCGAGUAUCCCAUGCAUCCGGGGAACAAGUCCAUCAUCUUCUUCCCUUUCAGCAGCAACAACGAAGGUUUGGAGCUCUCGGUUUCCCUGGAGCCUGCUCUCUUUCCGGCAUUCGAGCAGAUGCUUCACGCAGAGUAGCUGGUAUGAAUGACUUGAUAAUGAAUGAGUUAUCCUGUGAAUGCGGACUUCAAACCCGAAGACCACCGAAAGAAAUCUGGUUGGGAGUUGUCAAAAGAAGAGAACAUCCAAAUGUCUUUAGUCAAACGAAGUAAGAACAUGUAAUGAGCUUCUUCGUUCUCAGUUAGGCGAACGCUAACCUUCCAGCUCCCAUCUCUCGCUCAAAAAAA